GUGGAAGGAAGGAAGAAGAACCGUGAAGGGCUAAUCGGGAGAUCAUUACCACCCGGGCAGUCGACAGGGGGUGACCCGUGGAGGGGGUUGCUCCGCCUCCGAUCCCAGCAAAACCACGCCUUUUCACCCCCAGGACAACCCCCACCAAUGCUCAGCCCUGUCGGCUCAUCCGCUCAUCUCGAGCACACUCCCAUCCGAGUCUCCCUGGAGUUAAGUGCUCGUCCGAAUUUCUUAUCUCAAGUUAUUGAUAUCAAAGUGAAUUCUGUGCGAUAUUGGAUUACAGCAUCGAUAACAUGAGAGGGAGUUCUGAGGAAGGGGAGGCGACCCGACUCCCGACGGAAUUGGAGCUGAGAGGCACGGCAGGAGUCUGGGCCAGGGAAGGAAUCCAGCCGGGCACCAAGUACGGCCCGUUCACCGGCAAUUGGGUCCCGAAGCCGCUCGACCCCAGAUUCGCUUGGGAGGUCAGAGUAGCUGAGAACAGGGGUUUUCUCGACGGCACCCUCGAGUUUUCAAAUUGGCUCAAAUACAUCCGAAGCACAAAUAAGCCCGAGGAGACGAACGCAAGGGCUUUGCUCGUCGCUGGUCAGGUCUAUUACGAAAUUCUCAUAGAAAUCAAAGCUGGUGAAGAGAUCAUCCUCGGACCCAAAGAGCCACUGCGGCCAGAGACAAAAGAGGAACCGAGAACUGGAUCUCACCAGUUGAGCAACGGCGAGGAAGAAGACGAAGACAUAGCAAGGUGCCCCGUGUGCGAUACUCCAUUCACUGACGUCGACCAAUUAGACGACCAUUUGGUUUCUGGACAUAGCUACGUCAGUGGGCAAUACAGGUGCGAUAAGUGUACUAAAUCGUUCUGUUGGAAGCCCUGUUUAGUGAUACACCAGGGUACUCGGCACGGCGAAGUUAGGCGCUACUCUUGCGAAAAUUGCACUCGGGUUUUUUCUGAUCCUAGUAAUCUUCAGAGGCACAUACGGUCUCAUCACGUCGGUGCGAGAUCACACGCUUGUCAGGAGUGUGGCAAGACCUUUGCUACAAGUUCGGGCCUGAAACAACACACGCAUAUUCAUUCGAGCAUAAAACCUUUUCGGUGUGAAGUCUGCUUGAAGGCGUAUACGCAGUUCAGCAACCUCUGCCGCCACAAGCGUAUGCACUCGGACUGCCGCUUGCAGAUUAAGUGCGAAAAGUGCAGGCAGACAUUCAAUACGGGAACGUCGUUGGCGAAGCACAAGAGAUUUUGCGAUUCGACGUCACCAGUAUCGACACCAUCGACGAUGAACCACAUCCCUCAGCCUGGAGCGAACCCGUUCUUGCUUUACCCGAGGACGCAUGGAGGCUUGCCGUUCUAUCCGCCUACUUUGAUUCCGCCUUAUCCGUCAUUAUUCCACCCCUCGGCCCCAGCACCGGGGUUGUUAUCGAACCCACUUCUCUUCCCUCCGAAACCCGAAGAAGACAUGAACAUAUUUAACUUCCGGCUGACGGCUGAAGCUUACAACAGUUUUAGACAGAGAGAUUCGUCUCACUCACCCUCCCCUUCAAGGACGACCAUUUCACCGUCUGAGCCGGUGACGCCGUCCAUGAAUUCGAUCCUCUCCUUGAGCAAGGUUUCACCGCCUACUGCGGAAGAAGCCGUGACCAACGAGAGGCCGAGCCCUGCAAGACCCCCUACAUCAGCAUCCUAUCCAAAACCAGACGAAUCUCGAGAAAUGUCAGCACCCGACGGAACGGCUUCGCCUCUUUCUUCAAAGGUAGACAAUUUGCCAGAACAACCCUUAGAUUUGAGGAUAGGCGGGAAGAGGGAGGGCAGUCCGUCUCCAUUUCGCAACACGCCAUCGCCCAAACCAAAAAGAUUACGGCCCGAAUCUCCCGAGGGGGAGAAACCGGCGAUGGCCUAUCCUAGACCGAUCCACCCGGUCUUCCUGGAAGCGCUCUACCGGCCGCAGUUUCCUGAAAGAUUCCCGGCGUUCCCGGCCAGGCCGUUCCCUUUUAUGAACACGGUGAACCGUUACGACAUCAGAGCGCCAUUCCCUGGAAAUAAGCCGUACCAAGAUGUUUUGUCCAGUACACCGCCUACCGGAAGAAACAAAGACAGAUACGCUUGCAAGUUUUGUGGAAAAGUUUUUCCCAGAUCGGCAAAUUUGACCAGGCAUCUCAGAACCCAUACCGGCGAGCAGCCGUACAAGUGUAAAUACUGCGAGAGGUCGUUCAGCAUUUCUUCCAAUCUCCAACGGCACGUGAGGAACAUCCACAACAAGGAGAAGCCGUUCAAGUGCUCCAUGUGCGACCGGUGUUUCGGCCAGCAGACCAAUUUGGACCGUCAUCUGAAAAAACACGAAGGCGAGGACGGGACGGUCGCUGUCGCCGAUUCACCGAGCAGCGCGGAGAACGAGAGAGAGGAAACCUAUUUCGACGAGAUCAGAUCUUUUAUGGGGAAGGUGACCUACAACGGUCCAUAUCCUCAACCUUCAGUAAAGGAAGAGACAGAGACUAGUUCGGAAGAAGGCUCUCCAAGCCUUUCGCCCUAUCAAGAAUCUCCAAUCCCGAUGGUCAUUUCUCCAUAUUUGAAAGACGAACAACCGCUCAAUAACAACACGGAAUCCGUACCCGUGCAAGUCACAUCUUAGUCAUUUUGUGAUACCGCGGCCCUGGCAAAACAUACCAAAGUAAUAAUUUAUUUUAUAUCUUAUUUAUACAUGUAAAUAAAUUUUGCCAUGUCUAUCACAUCACCUAUGUAUAAAUAUAUAUUAUAUUAAUUACCAUCUUUUUUCGCAUUAAUCGCAUUACUAUUUAAAGUAAAUUAUAUGUCUAGUGCUACAUUAUUUAUAUAA